UAUAAAAUGUAAAUAAGUGAUUUUUCUCCUUCACUGGUGUGCGCUAAUGAGGCUGCAGUGAUGGGCACUGAUAGGCGGUACUGAUGGGCACUGAUGAGGAGGCACUGGUAGGUGCACUGACGGGCAUUGACAGGCAUCAUUUAUGGGCACUGAAAGGCAGCACUCAUAUGGCACUGAUAGGUAACACGGACAGGCGCUGAUAUGGCAUUGAUGUGGCACUGGCAGGUGGCAUUGAUGGGCACUGACAGGUGGCACUGAUGAUCAG